GUGCUUAACAACCCUUCCUGUAAAGAAGUUUUUCCUGAUAUCCAACCUAAACUUACCCUGGCAGAGCAGCGCUUGGAGCAGUGCAGCCCCUGUAUUCCAUGCGGCAUGCUAAUAGUAGGAAGGAGAACAUAAAUAAAACAUUGGGUUCAUUUAAUUUGCAGUAGGAUCCUGACUUCUGGAGUCAGGGAGCGUUUCUCUUUACACUGUGCUGUGGAUGCGAGCCCAGGGAGCUCAGAUAUUGAAUUUCUUGGUGUUUUGGCCAAGGGAAUUAGGUCUGUUAAUUAGGGAGAUUUGCACAGGCUUUAUCCAGGACAAUAUGAUAGCGCUGACAUUUCUGAUUUUUGUUUUGUUUUUGCACUUGAGUCUUUAUUUUGUGUGACUGACCAGCACUGGCUUCGCUCUGUUUUAAUUCAAAAUUAUUUAAAAUUAAUUACUCGAUAUAAAUGUUUCAGUGUGAAAGCCGUGUUGUCUCAGUCUCCUCUUUGAGUUCCUAAAGGUGCUCAGCACUUCUGAAUUGCAUUGCACAUUCAUCCGGCUUUGGGAGCAUUCAUUUUCUGCUCUUGGUGACGAUGCUGUUGCUCAGUGCCUUGGAAGAUUAUUCUGAUCCUGGAAGAGUGAUGAAGUCCUCAAAAUUACAGACUUUUGGUGAGGAGAAUUAUUCUUAACGUGGAUGGCGCUAGCUAAAAUUCCUAUCUUAUAUACAGCUGUGGGAUUUCCAUAUGUUGAUAAGCACUGCAUUUUUCAUAUUUGUAGAGAUAAAAUAAAGGGAAACAAGAAGCUGAAAUUCCAGAGAGUACAUUUUGCUCAGCUAGCAGCGACCAGUACAAAUAUCUCAAAUAUCAGAUCCACUGCUAGCAAGACUUGAUGUUUUGAAUCUCAUAUAACCUCACUGUGGUAACAGUCGAAGUCCUUCAGAAGAAACCAGCUUGGUCCUGGCAUGAUGUGGCUGUCUGCCUCCAAUCAGCAUUUCAGAGAGCUGCUUUUUGUUUGCCUUAAGCUGCCUAACCAGUUUUCUUGCAAGCCUAAUGGAUGAACUUUUACUUCCCGUUUCCUUAGCAGAGAAGAAGUAUCGAGAGCUUUUUCUGUUGUUUACCUUCAGAGCAGACGGUUCUCAUUCUUCUAGUUCUCUGCCGAGUGGCUGAGAGCCAGGUACCGUGUCUGCAGGAAAUCUAGUCAUGCUAAGGCACGGCCUGUUUCUCUUCACUUUUGGACUGUCUUUAACUGGAAACUCUUGUUGGAUGAAAGGUGUAUAUUCUGAAGAGGCAUCCAGACUUUCUGCAUUCGAAAUCGUUAUUCCUCAAAGGUUGACAGGCAGAGAGAAACAUCACCCAUUUUUUCAUGAGGAGCAUUCAGAUGACAACCUUUCUUACUCCAUAAAAACCAGAAGUGGAACAUACCUCCUAACACUGAGGAAAAAUAAAGACCUUGUUAGCAAAGACUUUAUGCUAUAUACAUAUGGGAAAAAUGGGAAACUGGAGGCAACACAAUCAAAAAACAAGACACACUGCUAUUAUCAUGGUGCUGUUGAAGGAAUGGCUGACUCGGUGCUUGCUCUUAGCACAUGUGAUGGCCUGAGAGGAAUUGUCUACAUUGCUGGCAAAUGGUAUGGAAUGGAGCCACUCAACACAUCCAGAACAUUUGAACACAGGUUUUACCAGUUAGAAGAUAUGCAGCAUAUUCCUUUCCAUUGCGGUGUGCUGAAUGACAGCCUUCAUCAUGAGAUGCAGAUGUUUGUGAAGCAGUCUGUGAAAUACGUAUUCUCACCAAACAGCACCUCUAAUAGGGAAGAGCUUUCGAGGAAGAAGCGAGCUGUCCUGCCACAGAAGAGCUAUGUGGAAUUAUUUGUGGUUGUGGAUAAUCACAGGUUUUUGCAGAAGAACUCUGAUCCUGCUGCAGUGCAAAAGGAAACCGUAGAGCUGAUUAAUUAUGUUGAUGGGAUGUAUAGUGCAUUAAAUAUCCAGAUUGUUUUGGUUGGAUUAGAGAUUUGGACAGAUAAAAACCAAAUCUCUGUAAUGGAGGGUUCAGCUGGAGAUGUACUGAGUAGAUUCGUUUCUUGGAGACAGAAAGAUCUUCUUAAGCGAACCAGAAAUGAUGUUAGCCAUCUCAUAAUAGGGAGAGACUCUUACAGUGGAUCCAUUGGAAUGGCUUUUGUGGGUACCGUCUGCUCACAGGUGCAGGGAGGGUCAAUCAGCACUUUGAAUCAUAACAAUGUGUUACGUCAUGCUACAGUAGUUGCACAUGAACUGGGACAUAACCUUGGAAUGAAACAUGAUGAUAAAAGGUGUCCUGAAUCCUACAUUAUGUACAGCACAGAUAAGGGAUCCAGGAAUUUCAGUUCCUGCAGUGCUGAUGAUUUUGAGAACCUUGUUCUAAAUGGAGGAGGAAACUGCCUCAGAAAUCCACCCAAAACAAGUAAUGUUUACAAAGAGCCUGUCUGUGGUAACAAUGUGAUUGAUAACAACGAAGAAUGUGACUGUGGAAAACCACAGGAAUGCACCAACCCUUGCUGCAAUGCUGCCACCUGCAAACUUACAUCUGGAUCGCAGUGUGCACAAGGACUGUGCUGCAAAAACUGCAAGUUUAAAGCAGCAGGAACAGAAUGCAGAUCAAAAAUGGAUUUCUGUGAUCUCCCUGAAUACUGCAAUGGAAGCUAUGCCUACUGUCCAGAUGAUGUUUAUAUCAUGAAUGGUUACCCGUGCAACAACAUGAAAGCAUAUUGCUACUACGGAGUGUGUCAGAGCUUUGAUUCACAGUGUGAAGCUAUAUAUGGAAAAGGGGCACGAAAAGCACCUGAUCUGUGCUUUGAAAAAGCCAAUAUUAAAGGAGAUAGAUUUGGAAACUGUGGAAUGACAGGUGGAGUGUACAAGAAGUGUUCUGUUCAGCACAGUCUGUGCGGCAAGCUCCAGUGCACUUCUGUUAGCCUUCAAAAUCUUCCUGCCUGGAGUGUUGUCAAUAAUGCAUCUGGGGUUUUAUGCUGGUCCUCUGAUUUUGACUUAGGAUCAGAUAUCCCUGAUCCUGCUCAAGUUCAUGAUGGAACAGCAUGUGGAGAAAAGAAGGCCUGUGUAGCUUUUGAGUGUGUUGAUGCAAGUCAUCUGGGCUACAGCUGCGACGUAAAGCAGAAGUGUAAUGACAAUGGGGUGUGUAACAACAAUGGGAACUGCCACUGCAAUUCUGGAUGGGCUCCUCCGUUCUGUAACCAGUCAGGCUACGGUGGCAGCACUGACAGUGGUCCAGCUCACAUGGAUACAUCACUUCGGGACGGUCUGCAUUUUUUCUUCAUUGUGCUGCCAAUAUUGAUUGUGACUGUAAUAGCAGUAAUUAAGCGUGACGCAAUAAAGAGGAAGUUUUGCAGGAAAAGUAGAAGACAACACAGGGAUAACAAUGCACAGCAACCAAAGCAAAGCAACAGACCAACCCAUACCACAAGAAAUGAUCAGGUAAGCCCGCCACAGCAAGCCCUGAUAUUUUCACCAUAUCGCAUUUUCCCAGUCCGAGGCAGGCAGGACAAACGCAGUUUGCUGCGGUUCCUUCAGCACCUCAUCGACCUGCUGUCCCAUCACCCAGACCCGUUGUAUGAGGAGCUCCUUGGGCCACAGCUGCUGCCAGGAACUGAUAAGGAAAAGCACGAGGGCUGGCAUCGUGCAGCCCUCCGUGUGUGCAUCCUUCCAGCAGCACGUACCGCUGGGAAGGACUCGGUGCCGAGAGACCCUGAGCACAGCCUUUGUAUCAUUGCCUUAUUGUAUUAUUGCCUAAGAGCUGCUGGCUUCGUUUGUGCCUCUUCUACCUCACCCCUUCUUUUUGUUUUUAUUUCUUUCACGGAAAGCCUGAAGUCCAGCUGUGGUUGCUUUAAAGCCGUGGCAGAACUGGGCUUCUCAGCGCGCAGCCUCAGCUGCAGAGGAGAAGUGGAUGGGGGUCAUUUAACAGCCGCCGUGUCCCGUCCUGUGCGGGCAGCCCGCAGCUCCUUCGUGCUCCUUCGUGCUCCUUCGUCCCCUCCUGCAGGCAGAAACCCGCGGGGCAAAGCGCGUCCUGCAAGCAACGAGCCUUCCCUCGGGAGUCCUCAGAUGGCAGAAUCACACUAAUGCAAUGACUUAACGUAGAUCACCCGCACGAUCUUGAUUUCAUGACCGUGGAACGCAGCGCCCAGCAGCUGCCGCACCGUUCCUCACCCUCCAUUUACUUCCCCAACCGCAGCCGCCGUGAGGGCCGCCGCUCCGCCAGGGGGCGCUCUCGCCGCGCGCCCGCUCUCACACUGCGCCCGCGCAGGGCCGCCCCCUCGGGGAAGCGGCGUCCGAGCGCAGUGCGGCGGCGAUGGAGC